UGAUUUAUUCUUGGUGCGAACGUUGUAAGACGGUUUGUAGAGGUUUUCCUGCAUUUCUUCAAUCUGAUUAACUUUGGCGACACAAUUUCUUCCAAUUUAAGACGUAUACUUAGCAGAUUCGACCGCAGGCCAGCAAAGACAUUUGUAAGGUUACUGCUCUUGACCUACCGGUCGAUUUGAAAUAAAUUAAAAUUAAAAAACAAACAAACAAAAACCCACCCAUAAAUCUAUUCAUUUUUGUUUUAAAAACGAACAUUCUUUUUUCCAUAACGGUAGUCAGCUUACUCCCGUUUUUAAAAAUAUUUGAAAAAGAAAAUAUAUGCUAGCCUACUAUGUGGGAGAACGUGUUUCUAGUUCAGAAAGCGCACCUGUUCUAAUGUCUCCGGACAUAUGUGACAUAUCCGGUUUCAAAUUUUACUUUCUCUACUGUCACUUCCUUUUGCUCCAGGAUGCUGCUGAUGCGGUGAGUUUGACGUUUGAUCCUGGUGUGUUGAUUGACAAGAGAUAAAGACCUGCUAUAAUUCAAUGCAUAUGGAUCCUGACCAGAACUUAAAUUUUAUUAGGGUUGUGGGAUUAAAUCAGUGAGGAAUCGGAGAAGAUUCUGACCAAAGUUAGAUAGCAGGAGAUGGAUUUUGUGCGGAGACGGCUUUCCCAAGGAGGAAGCAGUGAUGAUGAGGGGAAGUCACUGUCCUCGAGCUUCUCUGAGGGAACCUCAAAGUUCUUCACCUCCAUGGUAGCCAAAAAGAAUGGACUAAUCAACAACCUGUCAUCCAAAUUGGAGAAUGUGAUGAAGACGUCGUCCAGUCCUGAGGAUUCAGAUUCAGAAUCAGUUAGCCCUGCACAGACUCCCAGUUCUAAUCACAGCUCCUACAGUAACGGGAGCCGUAAUUUAAAGGGGGAGGACUUCUCAACUCAACCAUAUCGAUCAAAGAAAAAGACGGAAAGAAUCGGGAUUCUGAGACGACACAGUUCGUCAGGAUAUUCAGACAGUAGUGGCAACGACGAAGUGGCAGCUGGAAGCAUCAGCUUCGACGAGCCAUUGUAUUCACCGACAUCUAAAUCAACAUUCAAGUACGAUUCUAAUGGAGAUACAAUACAGAAAUCGGACUGUAUAGGCAUGAAGAAGGUAAAUAAUGCUGAACAGGCCAACAUUUUCAGUAACACAGGUAAAAAUGAGAGUGAUAGCAAGACCAAGCCGACGCUACCCAAAAUGGACAAUGAGGAGGUUUUACCCUUAAAUAAGUCAGCUGGGGAGAAAGACAAUGAAAGUGAAGAGGUAAGAAAAUCAAAAGUCUCCCCGAUGGAGAAGAGUGAGAACGAGUCAAAUGUUGAUGUUGCGAGCGAAUAUAGGAGAGCUCCAAAAAUGAAAAGGAGGUCCAGUACGGUAGACGAGAUGUUGUUCGAUGACUAUGUUCCACCGGAAGAGUUAGAGGAAGACAAAACAAUGGAUAAAAGUGAAGACGUGAACUCAAAUUCCAAAAGAAAAACUCUAGUUCCCAUGGGAGACCUUAUCUCAUUUGAUGAUGACCCAGAGACAGAUCCUGCAAAUAGACGCAAAGUUCCCCUUGGAAAUGAUAAGUUUUCUCCCUUCACCAGUGUCUCAAGCAUUGACAGUUCAGAAUACAGUGUGGGUAAUAAUCACAACGGCAAUGACUCCACAUCCGAGUCGGAGUAUGGGGGAUGUCCUAUCAAACGAUCAUACUCAUUGGGGUCCGAGCACUCCUGGAGCUCGUCAUUCAGUAUAGACAGUCAGCCAGAUGAACAGACUCUAGAGUGCAUGGAGUUCAUGAAAACCUUCAUCGAUCAAAUAUUUGACUCAGGCAAGGAGAUUUCACAGACAGAGAAGGCCAAAUUUGGAGAACUUUGCCAGGAGGUUGCUGGUAGACAGUGGUUUGCACGAUAUGUCAAUGGGCAGAGAGUGAACAACAAGAGAGUGACGGAGCAGAUUUUUUUCCGGCUGAUGCAGUACUUUGCUGUGGUGCUGUUUGAAUGUGGAGAGGCUGAGGAUUUUACGCCCGCCAAAUCACUCAUGAACAUGUGUUUCACAUUCUACUAUGAAGGUUGCCAUGGUAAGAACUUCUUGUAUAGUUUCCUUAGAGACCAGCCCAUUUGGCAAUCCCUGAGGUUCUGGAAUGCUGCAUUCUUUGAUGCGGUACAGUUGGAGCGGUCCAAGAGACCUGUCUGUACGAGCGAUGACGGGGACGACCAGCAGAAAGAUGACAGACUGUUCCAGGAAAACAUCACCUUUGGACAGCUAGGAACUUUCACUUGCAACAUGAGGGCAUUUGGUCUGUCCAAAGAGUUGUGCUUAGAAUUUCUAAGGAAACAGUCUACGAUAGCCAACCUGAAAAAAGAGCAAGUUCAGAUGUUACGAGACAACGUAGAUAAAUGGCGAGAAUCCUAGCCUAUGAACUUACAGUCCAAAAACAAUAAAUCUAUCUCUAUCGCUGUGGCGGUUCACUGUGCAAUUGUGUAUUGGUAAUGUCGUGUGUUUGUCUGAGUAGAAAGCUUUUUUUGGUUUAUAUGCUAGAACACUCAUGAGUGCUACAUUCUACAUGAAGGCAAUCAGGAUUGUAACACUGAAGUUUUGAGUGUAGAAUUUGGCAAGACAUUGUAUUCUAAAGGUCAUUCUACUUACAACACUGGCCUUCAAUCAGUGAAGUGGACUUAUCAUGUUACAUUUGUUAUACUCUUGCAUAAAAAUGUGGGCAUGUUAUAAUAUGACACUGUUGUUUGUAACUAUGUAACCGUCACAGAUACAAAUGACUUGAUGGUGGUGUAUGAUAGAGUGUGACUUGUAGUGUGUAUAUGGGUUUAAACUUGGGGUCUGGCCCCUGGGGUAGGGUCCAAAAAUAUUUUACAGAUUUAUUCCUUGAAUCAUGAUAUUCAUAUACUUGAUAUUUUUGCAUAUGGAAGGGUAUGAAUUGUAUCUGUACAUCUGUGAUUUAAGCUUGGGGUGGGGCAUCUGGAUUUGGUUUGAAUGGUUAUAUGCGAGCACAUCAUGCACCCAUUUGGUGGUGCCCUGUUUUUGUAAGUUGGUUUGAUGAAAUAGUGAUUGUAAUGUGAAUUGUACAGUAGUGAUGUCACUCCACAAACAUUGAUGGAGAAUUUUCACAAGACAUUGGCCGUCUGCAGUCUUUACACUUGUAUUUUUGUUCUGGAAUUUACAUUUUUUUUUUUUCCGAAUUGGUAGGUGCUGUUUUUCUUACCUCACUCUGAAUUCCAUUGCAGCUUCUAUUUAGAAUGGCUAUUAUUAAAGUAAUUAUUCACCUGCGAAGAAUUUCUAAAAGAGUUUCAUGAAUGCUUAAAAUACUGGAAAGUUCCCUUUUACAGAGUGAAUUGUAACAUUGACUGGUUGUAUAAUGCAUGCGUGACAAUGUGAUUGAUAUCUAUACCAGUCAUAAUUGUGGCACCUAUGUUCCAUUAUACACACGACGCACACCUACAGUGUAGUAUAGUACCAUUAUCAUAAAACAAUAACUUUUGUCAAAAUAUGUACAGUAAAACAUGCUUAUGGCGAAUCUCCGAAAAACUGUUUAUUAUAAACAAACUUUGUUUUAUCUAACAAUUUUUUGGGGUUAAAUUCCUCUCAUAGGGGGAUAAAUAUCACUUCACAAUAAGCAUGAAUUCCUUAUAAGCGUGUUCAUUAUAAGCGUGACUGUUCUUUAUAAACAGGUUUUACUGUACCAGUCCUCCACCGAUAGCCUUUACCCUUUUAUGUUGUAAGGGUUUUGGAUUUGUUUUGUAUUCAGUACAGAAUUUUCUGUGCUUCAAUAUCUGUUUAUUAUCAUGUACAGCAAGGGAAAAACUCUUCUUUGUUUUGGUUGUAUACUUGUUCACAAACACCUCUUUGUUACAAAGAAUUUAAUUUCACAGUUUGUUAAUAAACUCAAAGAGGAUAUGCUUAUUUCAUAGCAAAUUUAUAAAAAAUGGUGCAAUAUUGUUUAAAAAUUUCAUAGAUCAUGAUUAUUUGAUGCCUUUUUUGUGAAUCAUUUUUGUGCAUUACAGGGUAUUUAAAAUGUUAUUUACAGUAUGUUAUUUUUGUUUACAGAGUUUAUAAAAGUUAUUUAUUGGUUCAGAUUUCAGCACAAGUUUUGUUACCAGACAUUCCUUUGCCUGUCAUAAAGUGAUGUAGGAUUUAUUUGCAUGUCCUAUCACACAAUGAGUAGGAGACAUAGUGUUGACCCUGUCUGUCUGUAAGUCAUACCACCCAUCUGUCCUAGUUAUUGGGUUGGGGGGGGGGGGUUGUAUGAUUGUUUUGGAGGAGUGUGUAUUCCCUAUUUUUUCAAAGAGGGGAUAAUUGGCUUGCACCUUUCAUUUCUUGGUUUUUUGGUAGAACAAGUGUUAACCACUCAAAUUAUUUUAAAAAUCCUAUUCCAUGCUUGGCAAACAUGAAACUUAAUUAGUAUACUAGUAGCCCCAAAAGAGUAAAUUACCCCUGUUGAUUUUUAGGUCACAAGAUCUAAUGUUGAACUACAGAUAUAAGAAAAUACUGUCUGUGCAAUAUUUUGAGAACCUUUUACUGGAUAGAUUGCAAACUUGGUUCACUGAUACCUGAAAGGGGUAGAUGACUCCAAUUGAUUUUAAGGUCAAGUGUCAGACUUCUCAGAACAUAAAAAAAAUAUAUUUUCCAUUCAAUAUCUUGUGAACCCUUGACAUCAAACUGGUGUUAGUUACAGAAUGAAUUUCAAUUGAAAUAGCAAUUACAUGUUGAGGAUAUUCUGGUUAUCUGCAUGGCAGGAACAUAUGUGUUCAGAUGCAUCUAGUUUCAUUUUGAAUUGUGUGUGUGUGUGUGUGUGUGUAUUAUUCCUGAAGAAUUUAAAGAAACUGUAGUAGAGUAUACUCAAUCGUCUUUGUGAUAUUUUUAUUAUACUACUACUUGUGUAGAUUUUUCUAUACUUAUUUCUAGAAUUUUUUUUCUAUUUUUGUUGAUAUUUUUCUACAUGUUGACAGUGCUUUACAUCACAUCAUUUUUUUUGUAUUUGCAAUGGGCAGUUUUUGUAGUAGCAACAAUACAUGUGACAAUCUGUCUCCAUAGAGACAUUGUUCUGCAUCUAUAAUCAUGUUGAGUAACUUUCGGUUAUGUCAGACUCAUUGGAAAGCAGAGGCUCCUGAAAAGUUUUGUGUUCUUUUGACAAUGCUACCUUAUAUUUGUGUAUAUUAAAAAAUUCUUUGAAAUCUCUGACCAAAGAAUUUAUGAAAGUAUUAAAGAUUAUGAAGGCGAGAUUUGUUGACCUUUGAUAAAUUUUAUCAGACAUUUAUGUGCAAUGUAUAAAAUCAAAUGUUUAUAAUUUUGCAUUUGACAGUGUAAAGUUUUAGAAUAGAUCCAUUUGUCACAGCUAAUUAGUGUCAUGUGUCAGAGCUUAAUAAACAUGUAGCUGUAAUUAGCAUAUUGGAGCUAUUUAGCAGUGCGUGUUUCAGAAAUAUUAAUAGCAAGUAAUUAGCAGUGUGUGUCAGAGCUAUGUAUAGCUGUAAUCAAGAGUGUGUGUGUCAUUUGUAUAUAGCUGUAAUUAGCAGUAUGUCAGAGCUAUUAAUAAGCUGUAUUUAGCACUGCACUGGGUCAAAGUUAUAUAUAGCUGUAAUUAGCAGUGUGUCAGCUAUAUAUAGCUGUAAUUAGCAGUGUUUCAGAGCAAUCUAUAGCAGUAAUUAGCAUCAGAGCUAUAAAUAGAUGUAAUUAGCAGUGUGAUAGAUAUAAAUAGCUGUAAUUAGCAGUGUUUUAGAGCUAUAUAUAGCAGUAAUUGGCUGUGAUUGUUACAGUUGUAAUUAGCAUGUUGGAGCUAUAUAGCUAAUUAACAGUUCAUAUUAUGUUAAGAGGUCAGCACUCACUGUCUCUACUGAAGUAAACCUGUGAUAGUCCUAAUUGUUGUGAAAUCUAGUUUCCGUAGAAACCAAUAGGAUCCAUACUCUGUGUUAAGUCAGGCAAAAGCAAUAAAAUCAUGUCAAAAGAAAA